CAUGCCAAGCUGCGUCUCCUGGAUAACUACAAAUAAUUAGCGAAAUAAGAUAGACUAGUAGAUGCAUCAAUUCAUACAGAUAGUAAUAGGUAGAGCAUUUAUUUACUCAUAGGUUGAUACAUAAACUUCAAACAGAGACCACUACAUACAAAAAUAAUUUAUAAACACAAGAGGAAAAUAAUGGCUACACACAAUCAAAGCUAGCUACAGGAAGAACGUGCAAGUAGAAAAACACAAAUACAAAACUUUAGACCCCAAAACUCAUAUACAUAACACAUAUACAUACAACAAAUAGUCGCUGGAGUUCAGCAAAGGACCCUUACUAAGAUGUCUGGUGAGGAUUCCCCACUUUUGUGGGGAUCUCGAUCUUCAUCAUCCUCUACUACAGGCACUCUCCAUCUAAUUUUACACAUUCCUUCUUUGUCCUCCAUUCCUUAUAAUGACACACAAAUCACCUUUCCUGGUGGACAGUAUUCUGCAGAAGAACUGUGCAUCUCAGCAGCAAAAUUCUGUGGGAUUAUUCCUGUCUAUCAUGACCUAUUUGCCCUGGCAACUCCAGAUCUCAAAAUCUGGUAUAAUCCAAACUAUACUUUCACCGUGGAUAACUGCACCUCUCAUGUUGUGGUUUACAGGAUCAGAUUCUUCUUCCCUCAUUGGAUUGAGUCAGGUGGAAAGAAAUCGGAACGCUGUAGCAUAUUGAAUUUAGCUCCUGAUCCCCUGCUCAGCUAUCAGGUCAUUGAUUAUCUGUUUGCCCAGUGUCGAAGUGAUUUCUUGAGUGGGCGGAUGAACCUAACCCCAAGCAUGGAACUGCAAGAGCAAUGUCUGACCCUGGCAGUCCUUGACAUGAUGAGACUUGCCCAAGAGAGCAACAAAACACCCAAACAGAUUCUAAGCUGUGUGAACUACAAGCAUUGUGUUCCACAGAACCUACGUCAAAGCAUUAUGAAGCUGGGAUUUUUGUCACGCAAAAGGCUACGCAGCAGAAUGAAGAAAUCACUGAAGAAGAUUAAUUUGUGUACACUUAGUCCUCCCCUCAUUAAACUCAAAUAUCUUGUGGAUCUGGAACAAAUGUACAAUGGAUUUGGAGUGGAGACCUUCUCUGUACGGAGUCCACAAGGAGGAGGAAAAGACUUGUUUCUUAGAGUGUCUGGCAGUGGAGGCAUCUCCUGGAAAGAUUCAGACAGUGAGUUCUGGCAGCCAUUUUGUGACUUUCCAGACAUAGUGGAUAUUCGUAUAACACAAGUCAGCUUUGAUUCAGCAGUGGCAGAAGGCCGUGUUGUGACUAUUACCAAACAAGACAAGAUCCUGGAGUUUCAGUUUCCAGUAUUGCAAGAUGCAUUGUCCUUUGUAUCCCUGGUUGAUGGUUACUACAGAUUAACUACUGACUCCCAACAUUACUUUUGCGAGGAGGUGGCACCUCCAAGGUUGAAGUGGAACUUAGAGAACCAGUGCCAUGGACCGAUCACCUCAGAGUUUGCCAUGGAAAAGCUGAAGAAAAAAGGCAGCGUGACUGGAAGUUUUGUUCUGCGCCGCUCUCCUCAGGACUAUGAUAAAUAUCUUCUUACUGUAUGUGUGGAGAGUUCCCUGGGUAAAGAUUACAAGGGCUGCCUUAUUUUGUGCGUGAAUGAUACAUUUUCCCUGUCUGCUGUCCCACGUUACUUCUCUAGCCUGAGGUGUCUCCUGGAACAUUAUAAACAGCAUAGCUUGCGUUUAGGUGGGAUCUGCACUCGGCUUUCCUCCUGCAUCCCUCCAAGACCCAAAGAAAAAUCUAACCUCUUAAUAGUACGAGACAGUUGUCCUCAAAUGGUCUUGUCACCAAGCAGACAAAGAAGGAACAUCGCCCCGCUAACAUUUCCCAAGAUUCAUAUUAAUGACAUUACCUUUGGGGUGGCACAAGCAAAAGGUUCUUUCACGAAAAUUAUCCAUGGUGUCCUUAGAGAUUCUGAUGGUGAGGAGGAACGUGAGGUAAAGGUUAUGUUGAAGAUUCUGGAUCCUUGCCAUCAACAUUACCAAGAGUCUUUCCUAGAGGCCGCCAGUGUCAUGAACCAGCUCUCCCACAAACACCAGGUUCUACUGCAUGGAGUCUGUGUCUGGGAACAGAUUAUCAUGGUGCAAGAGUUUGUACGUUUUGGUGCCCUGGACCUUUAUCUCAAGAGACAGCAUCAGAGGGGUCCUAUUCCUAUCAGUUGGAAGCUUGAGGUGGUCAAGCAGCUGGCCUAUGCUCUCUGUUACAUGGAGGGCAAACAACUGAUUCAUGGAAACAUUUCAGCAAAGAAAAUUCUUCUGAGUCGUGAAGGAGAUAAGGAUACUCCACCCUUUAUCAAACUCAGUGACCGGGGCGUGAGCAUUAAGGUCCUAGAAAAAGAAAUGCUGGCAGAAAGGAUUCCUUGGCUGUGUCCUGAAUGUGUGUCUGAUCCCAGCCAACUAUCACUGGAGUCUGAUUGCUGGAGUUUUGGAGUCAUUCUGUGGGAGGUUUUCAAUGAUGGCAUAGUGCCACUUGGUGCAGAAGAUCCAUCUACGAAGAUACAGUUUUAUGCAGACCAACAACAGCUUCCAGCUCCACACUGGAUAGAGCUGGCCAGUUUGGAGCAGCAGUGCAUGUCCUACAACCCACUGCUGAGACCUUCCUUCCGCUCAAUUAUUCGAGAGCUCAACAAUCUAAUUGCAUCUGAUUACGAGUUGCUAGUGGACCCCAGGGGACAGCAGCAGAGAGAAGGAUUCAGAAGUUGUGACCCAGCAUGGGAAUAUCAGGAUCCCAGUGUGUAUGAAGAAAGACAUCUCAAGCAUAUAUCGGCACUCGGCAAGGGUAAUUUUGGCAGUGUUGAGUUGUGCCGUUACGAUCCUCUCGAUGAUAAUACAGGAGAGUUGGUUGCAGUUAAAAAACUACAGAAUAACACAGCCGAACAUGUCCGUGACUUUCAGAGGGAGAGUCUAAUUCUACGCUCCCUUCACAAUGACUAUAUUGUCAGAUACAAAGGAAUCUGCUAUAGUGUUGGUCGCAGGAGUUUCCAGUUGGUUAUGGAAUAUCUUCCAAAUAAAAGUCUUCGUGAAUAUUUGCCAAACAAUCGUGAUAGACUGGGCCCUCAGCAACUUCUGCUCUAUGCCUAUCAGGUUUGCAAGGGCAUGCAGUACUUGGGAUCUCAUCGGUAUGUUCAUCGGGAUCUUGCAAGUCGUAAUAUUUUGGUGGAGAAUCAGAAUCACGUGAAGAUUGGAGAUUUUGGUUUGACCAAGAUCCUGCCUCAAGAUAAGGAAUAUUACGUUGUGAAACUGCGAGGAGAGAGUCCCAUAUUCUGGCAUGCUCCUGAGUCUCUCUCAGACAGUGUGUAUUCCUGUGCAUCUGAUGUUUGGAGUUUUGGAGUUCUCCUUUAUGAGCUCUUCACGUAUAGUGAGAGAAGCUGUAGUCCUCCUGCUGAGUACCUACGUAUGAUGGGGACCCACAACACACAACAAACAGUAUGCUGCCUUGUGGAGAUGUUACGUGCGGGAAAAAGACUAGAAGCCCCACCCUACUGUCCUCCAAAGGUUUACAAGAUGAUGCUUUCUUGCUGGUACUAUCUCUCCUCAGAACGUCCAUCUUUCAGAGACCUUGAGAUCCAAAUUAAUCAGUUUCGAGAGACCUACAUCAAAGAUGACAUGCAGUGAAAAAAACUCAAGGCUUUCUUUAAAACAUUUAACAGUUUCUCUAAAGUAUUCUAAUAGCCAGUGUGCAGAUAUGCCAGCUUUCUAAUGCCAUACAUUGUACAGGAAGACAUACAUAGCCACAAUGAUAUACACACAUGCCAGUUUAUACCAUA